AUGGCGGCGAGCGCCAUGGCUGACAAGCCCGGCGGCGGGGCGGGCUUUCUCCGGCCGUCACGGGUUUGCUACCUCGCCGUGAUUUCGACGGCGUUCUGGUCGAUGGUAUUCUACGCGCACCACUCCGCCAUGCAAGGUGGCACGCCCAUGGCGGCGGUGUUGGUGAGGCCGUCGGCGUUCUCCCGCCCGCUGCUGACGUCGUUCCGGAUCAUCGCCGGCGGGCAGGACCGGUGCGCCGGGCGGCGGGUGUACAUGUACGAGAUGCCGGCGCGGUUCAACGCCGAGCUCGUCCGCGACUGCGGGAUGUACUCGACGUCGAUGGACGUGUGCAAGCUGGUGGUGAACGGCGGGUUCGGCCCGGCGCUCCCCGGCGGCGGCGCGCUGCCGGAGCGGGACGUGUACGACACCGACCAGUACAUGCUGGAGCUGAUCUACCACGCGCGGAUGCGGCGGUACGAGUGCCUGGCCGGCGACGCGUCCGCCGCCGACGCGGUGUUCGUCCCGUUCUACGCCGGGUUCGACGCGGCGAUGAACCUGAUGAAGCGCGACCUCGCGGCGCGGGACGCGCUGCCGCGCCAGCUCGUCGAGUGGCUCGCGCGGCGGCCGGAGUGGCGCGCCAUGGGCGGGCGCGACCACUUCAUGGUGGCGGCGCGCCCCGUCUGGGACCACUACCGCGGCAGCGACGACGGCUGGGGCAACGCGCUCCUCACCUACCCGGCGAUCCGCAACACGACGGUGCUCACCGUCGAGGCCAACCCGUGGAAGGGCGUCGACUUCGGCGUGCCGUUCCCGUCCCACUUCCACCCCACCUCCGACGCCGACGUGCUCCAGUGGCAGGACUGCAUGCGCCGGCGCGACCGCCGGUGGCUCUGGGCGUUCGCCGGCGCGCCGCGCCCGGGCAGCUCCAUGACCGUGCGCGCCCAGAUCAUCGAGCAGUGCACCGCGUCGCCCUCCUGCACCCACUUCGGCAGCUCGCCGGGGCACUACAACUCGCCGGGGCGGAUCAUGGAGCUCCUCGAGUCCGCCACCUUCUGCAUCCAGCCGCGCGGCGACUCCUACACCCGCAAGUCGACAUUCGACUCCAUGCUCGCCGGCUGCAUCCCGGUGUUCCUCCACCCGGCGUCGGCGUACACCCAGUACACCUGGCACCUCCCCCGAGACUACCGGACCUACUCGGUGUUCAUCCCGCACACCGACGUCGCCGGCCGGAACGCGAGCAUCGACGAGCGGCUCAGGAGCAUCCCGCCGGCGACGGUGGCGAGGAUGCGGGAGGAGGUGAUCCGGCUGAUCCCGAGGAUCACGUACAGGGACCCCGCGGCGACGCGGGUGACGUUCCGGGACGCGUUCGACGUCGCCGUCGACGCCGUGCUCGACCGCGUGGCUCGCCGCCGGCGCGCCGCCGCCGAGGGGAGGGAGUACGUGGACGUGUUCGACGGCCACGACAGCUGGAAGCAUAACCUGCUCGAGGACGGACAGACGCAGAUCGGGCCACACGAGUUCGAUCCAUAUCUGUAG